CCGGCUCCUCCUCUGUGGCUUCUCGGCCAUCGAACGAGCUUCCUAACUUUUCCGUGUCAGGGCUUCCUGAACUCUCUUCCAGCCGCAGGGAACCAGAGCGAGAACCACCGUGGAGGAUGUGAAAUGGGAAAAUAAGAGCGGCGAUGCCGAUGGCCGAGCAGCCGGACAGACCUCUGACCCCGUCACCAUCCACACCAGAACAACUUCUGAAAACUGACUCCCGAAAGAGCCGAUCGACGUCCGAGGUGGAGAAUGGAGGUGGGAGGAGAUGCAGGAGGCAGGAAUGGUCACCUGCAGACGCUGAGCCGAGCCUGGAGACGGAGUCCGACCCCUCAGAGAGCAAGAAGCUACCAGGCGUCAUGAGAUUGAAACCUGAGGAGCAGCUUUCUCCUCCGAUUACUCCUCCGAGCGACUACGAAGCAAAGUUUGAAAGAAAGAAACCCCAGCCGAGCCAGCGCUCAAAGACAAACGCUCAGUAUCACAAGUUAUUCAAGGAAGUGAGCAAAGACGAGUUCCUCAAACAAAGUUACACAUGCGCUCUGCAGAAAGAUAUUUUGUAUCAGGGCAAAAUGUUUGUCUCUGAUAACUGGAUCUGUUUCCAUUCCAAAGUUUUUCGCAGAGAUACUAAGAUUGCAAUCCCAGUGAUUUCUGUGAAUUUCAUCAAAAAAACAAAAACUGCAAUUUUGGUACCAAAUGCUCUUGUGAUUCAAACAACAGUUGAGCAGUAUGUGUUUGUGUCCUUCCUUUCACGAAACACAACCUACAAACUUCUGAAAUCCAUCUGUGGUCAUUUGGAGGUGGAUAAGCCUGGCAGCAGCCCCGUUACUUCCUCCUGUGAAAACAGCUUCAGAGCAAAAUGUCCGUCAUCGCUUCCUCUGGACUUUUCUGGAGAUUUCUUAGACCUUGAUGGGGUGGUACAGCAGAGACACCAGGACAUGACGGAGAGCAGCAGCUCUGGAUCUCAGACCCCAGAUUACGACAAAAUAACUAACUUCAGCGGAAUCCCAGGCACUUUCCUAAGUGCAGUGAACACCGGAGAGGUUUCAGUCCAUGCUGACGUUCACCUCCAGAAUCCUAGCCAAAAAUACGGAGCUGCCAGUAACAAAGACUGUUUGGGGCCCGGAGGUCAAGAACCGGGUUCAGUCGAGCGUACCUGGGGAGCUGCUCUCAAAGACAAAUCAUCGCCGUACCUGUCAUUACACACCGUUCUGCUCAUCUAUUUGUUUUUAGUCAGCCUUCUCGUUUUGUCCUCGUGCUACAUGGCUUUCAAGAUUUUGGUUCUCGAGCAUCGCUUGAACUUCUUAGUGUCCAUGGGGGAGUACGUCCGUACUGAAAAUGCUGUAAAGUCCCAGGAUUCUUUGAAUGCUGAGAUCUACGGAGAACUUUCCACCAACCUGUUCAAGCUGGAGAAGAUUCAAAGAAAUCUCCGCAAGCUACUUGAAGAGACAUAGAAAAUGACUGUGUGGAUGGUCUGGAGAGAAGAUUUGCUUUAAAUGUAAAUGCUGUAGCAAAAACAGUGAGCAGCCAACUGCUAUCAACAUACGGACAGUCCUCAUAGAAAGUUUUGUAAAAAACAGUGUGAACUCUAACUUAAAUUGUGCAAUAACUCUUUUCUUUUUUGUUGUUUUAUUGUCUUACUGUUUUAUUACUCUUUUUAAAACUGCAUCAUUUCAGUUUGUUAGUGUGGCAUUUUUGGUUUCUAUGCAGUAUUUAUCAGAGAGCAUUUUGACUUUUUGUUUUACCGUAGCGGGAGGUUCAAAGGUCCAUGUUUCAUAGAUAAUUUAAACAUUUCAUCAAAGGUCAAAUUAUGCGGAAGAUGAGUUGUUAAAAUAAAAUUGCCAAUAAAUUAUAUUUGUACAAUGUUA